GCGCAGCCGGUGGCGGAGGGGGCGGCGCGGCUCCGGGGCGCCGCAGAAGGGCUCGGGCCGCCGCCGCCCCCCGCGCCCAGCAUGGUGAUGGCCGAGCCCCGGCGGCACCCCCAGCUGCUGCCCCGCGGGCUCGGGCCCGUCCGCGUCGGCUUCUACGACAUCGAGGGCACGCUGGGCAAAGGCAACUUCGCCGUGGUCAAGCUGGCGAGGCACCGCAUCACGCGCAGCGAGGUGGCAAUAAAAAUCAUUGACAAAUCUCAGUUGGAUGCUGUGAAUCUGGAGAAGAUCUACAGAGAAGUGCAGAUAAUGAAAAUGCUGGAUCACCCCCACAUCAUAAAGCUCUACCAGGUGAUGGAGACCAAAAACAUGUUGUACCUUGUUACAGAAUUUGCCAAAAACGGAGAAAUUUUCGAUUACCUCGCCAGCCACGGCCGCCUGAGUGAGUCCGAGGCCAGGCGCAAAUUCUGGCAGAUCCUCUCGGCAGUGGAAUAUUGCCACGGGAGAAAGAUUGUCCACAGGGACCUGAAGGCUGAAAACCUGCUGCUGGACAACAACAUGAACAUCAAAAUAGCAGAUUUUGGAUUUGGGAAUUUCUAUAAGAGUGGUGAGCCUCUGACAACGUGGUGUGGGAGCCCACCAUAUGCAGCCCCAGAAGUUUUUGAAGGACAGCAAUACGAGGGACCUCAGCUGGAUAUCUGGAGCAUGGGUGUAGUCCUUUAUGUUCUGGUCUGUGGAGCAUUGCCUUUUGAUGGACCAACACUCCCCAUACUGAGGCAACGAGUUCUUGAGGGGAGGUUCAGGAUCCCUUACUUUAUGUCAGAAGAGUGUGAACAUCUGAUUAGAAGAAUGCUGGUCCUUGACCCAUCCAAACGGUUAUCUAUAGCUCAGAUCAAGGAGCACAAGUGGAUGCUCAUAGAAGUCCCUGCACAGAGACCCAUUCUUUAUCCUCCAGCAGAUAAUGAGCCUCCCAUUGGAGAAUACAACGAGCAGGUCUUGAGACUAAUGCACAGCCUUGGGAUAGACCAGCAGAAAACUAUUGAGUCUCUGCAGAACAAGAGCUACAACCACUUUGCUGCCAUCUAUUACCUGCUGGUGGAAAGGCUGAAAUCCCACCGGAGCAGCUUCCCUGUGGAGCAGAGGUUGGAUGCUCGGCAGCGGCGGCCAAGCACCAUUGCUGAGCAGACAGUGGCCAAGGCCCAAGCUGUUGUACCUGCAGUUAACUUGCAUUCACAAAAUCCAAGGUUGUUGCAGUCUCCAGGUCUUCCCUCAGCUUCAGGAGCAGAAACCUUUUCAUUCCCUCCAUCCACCUGCCAGGGAGAGACAGCAUUUAUGGAGGAAGAAAGAGUUGAGACACCAAAGGUAAAUGGCUGCCUGCUGGAUCCUGUACCUCCUGUGGUGAUGAGGAAAGGAUGCCAAUCACUGCCCACCAGCAUGAUGGAAACAUCUAUAGAUGAAGGAAUAGAGACAGAAGGAGAAGCAGAAGAUGACCCUGCCCAGACACUUGCAGCCCUCCGGGCAGCUCGCUGUGGGAAGAGACGUCACACCCUGGCUGAGGUGACCAACCAGCUGGUGAUGCUGCCAGCCACAGGGAAAGUCUACUCAUUGAAUGAGAACUCAUCCCUGGGCAGCAUCGACUCCGAGUAUGACAUGGGAUCCAUCCAGAGAGAUGUUAAAUUCCUGGAAGAUGCUCCUUCCUUGAAAGAAAUGGUACUAACUAACCAACAAGCACCCAGAAUGACCCCACCUUUCAUAGGGCUGAGACCUGCCAACCCAGCCAUGCAGGCACUCACCUCCCAAAAACGAGAGACCCACAACCGCUCCCCCGUCAGCUUCCGAGAGGGUCGAAGAGCUUCUGACACCUCCCUCACCCAAGGAAUUGUAGCAUUCAGGCAGCAUCUCCAGAACCUGGCACGAACAAAAGGAAUCCUGGAACUGAACAAAGUCCAGAUGCUGUAUGAACAGAUGGGAUCAGAAGAAGAACCUUCUCUGUCCUCACCUGCCACCCAGCUGCAGGACCUCAUUAAUAGCCCUCCACAGGAGGAAGCAUCUCAGCAGCAGCAGGAAGCUGCCUCUGCUUUCCCUAAUGCUGCACAUCCCCCCCUGUUACCCAGAGGGCAGAGCUCAGACCCCCAGUACCUACAGCACAGGCUCCAGAAACCCACUCUGCUAUCAAAAGCUCAGAAUACUUGCCAGAUAUAUUGCAAAGAAUUGCCUCGGAGUCUGGAACAGCAGUUACAGGAGCACAGGCUGCAUCAGAAGAGACUCUUUCUCCAGAAGCAGUCCCAGCUCCAAGCGUAUUUUAACCAGAUGCAGAUAGCUGAGAGCUCAUACCCCAGGUCAACUCAGCUGCCACUUUCAUGCCAAGAAGAGCAGCAGCCACCCCAGCAGCAGCAGCAGCAGCAGCAAUCAGCCCAGUUCAGCUUGCAGCAGGCUCUGAGCCCUGUGAUGGAGCCUUCCUCAGAACAGAUGCAAUACGACCCCUUCCUCAGUCAGUAUCAGAAGGUGCAGCUGGACCCACUGCCACCCUCCCGGAUCACCAGCUCAUCCCGGCUGUCAGCACCAGGCCAGGUGCAGCAGGAGCCCACACAGUCCUUACAAUAUUCCUAUCAGACUCGUGAAUUGUCUGUUGUCACCUCCUCUGAGCCAGACUACCCAGAGCAGUGCCAGUAUUCCCUGGAGCCAGCACAGCCCAGCAGGGCAGCACUGCCUGACAGCCAGGGCAGCUCAGCAGCUCACGAGUCCCAGACAAACUAUGAUCCAUUAACCCUCUCAGAACUGCCUGGGCUCUUGGAUUGUGAAAUGAUGGAGACUGUGGAUCCCCAGCACAGUGGCUACGUCCUGGUGAAUUAACACCAGGCGGUGACUAACACGGGAGUGGAAGACAUGGACAAAUGGAAAAGCAUGUGAAUUUUUUUGUUUUUUGUUCCUACCCCAGAGUUCAUGGUAAUUUUUCAGCCUUUGAAUUAACAGGGGAACUAAAAAUCCACCUGACUGGAAAAAAAAAAAAAAGCAGGAGGUGGAAAGAAGUGGCCACUAACUCUUCUUGGUGGCAGGGGCUAGAGAACAGAUAGUGCUGGUUCAUCCCACAAAGAACUAGUUGGCAUAGGAGGCAAAAAGGUGAAUUCUAGAGGAAUGAAAUAGCCCCUUCCAAAAAAACGGGGGAGUUUGUCAGCGUCCAUCUAACAUUCACUUGGAGAAAUGAGAAUGAGUGCACAUUGUAUUGUACUUCUUGACAAUAAAAGCAAUAGUUUUCAUUGAAAUUCAGGGUAGAUCGGGUCUGCGCUGAUGGCAACUGUAAAACUCUUGUAACAGCAGUGUUAGGUGGGAUUAAAGGAAAGUUGCUCCUUGGCAUCCAAUUGCUGGUUAGGCUCCUGAUGUGGAACUGCUCCAUGGUCAGUCUCUCAGAUCCCCAGUCAUCUCAGGCAGCAUCCACUUCCCUUGCUAGGAAGUCAAGAGUAUUUCCUGAGCCUGCCAAGGAACUCAGAAUUGUUCACUAAGGUAAGCUCCUGGAUCUCUGCUGAUUAUCUUGACUGUGUCAAAGGAUACCCAGACCUGAGAGUGGUUUGUGGAAACCUCAGGUGGGGAUCAGAAUACUACAGAAUAAAGAAUUAGCUAACAGAGAGAUAGAAGGUAAGAAGUACCAUGAGAAAACCCAAGAGCUGCAGCCAAUGGCAUUUGCAAAACAAAACUCCACCCUGGGUGGCUUUUGAAAUCAACCCUUCAGGCAGGCAGGGCUUUGUGGAGGGCUCUGUCCUGAGGAAGUUCUGAUCCCUGGUAAGGAUCCAUCUGUUUUCUGUUGCAUUCUAAGAACAAGCAAACAAACUGUGUUUUGAAUUUGCAGUAUGUGUUGCUGGUGGUUUAUUGAGCUUUGUAUAUUUGGACAAUUAUUUAGGGUUUUAGAACUUGAGGAUAAAAAACAAUGAGCUUAAGAAAAACCCCUGUGAAGUGAUAGUGCUGUGCCUUUUUCUGUUCUUUAUCAGCCUAUAUGCUUUUUUUCUGAAGAAAGUAGACAACACCCCAUUUAUAUCCUUGCUAUAGCCAAAGUCCCUUCAGAGCACAUGUUCCACCAUGUGGAACAUAAUCUUUAACUUUCUUACUGGUUUGAUUGUUCAUGUAUAUACAACACUGAAAGUAUUACAGCAAUAUUUAGCAUCACAAACUGUUGAUGUGUCAACCAUUUCAAGGAAUAGUAAAUUCACCAAGCACUUGUGUCUCCAGAACUUUGUCACCAGAGUCUUAGGAGGAUUGUUUGGGAAUCUGCAGGAAGUUUAGGUUUCUAGUUUGGAGUUUUGUCUCUAUCCCAGGAGGACAGGGAAGUGAUGCUCCCAGUGAGACAGCUCAGCCCUCACCUGAGCAAACCUUAAGCACAACUGCAGAUUCCUUAAAGCACAAGGGAUGGCAGAGGACCUGUGCUUACCACUUCUGUAGGAAAUAAACACCAGCUCUUUGCUGCCAGGUUGGGGCAGCUCAGGUCUUUGAUACUACCCAUAAUGAUGGUGCAGAAAGGUGGAUCAUCAGCCAGCAUUUACAGCAAUAAGACUGCAAUGUGGAAUAGCAGGGCUUCAGUCACUGCCUUGCAGGCUGGGUGGAGGAGGGGAGGGUUUGACAGCCAACAGAAGGUGCUUUGCUUUCCUGUGCACAGCUAGAGAGGCAACUUGUGUUUCCUGCUCUAAGCAUGGUCCAGUUGUGCAGCAUACUCAGUCCACAAGUGCUCAGCUUCUACCUCGAUUUCACAGUGAUGCUCCAGGCAUCAGCAAAGGAGAGUUCAGGGGUCACAUCCAUCCACCACUUAGGUGAUGCAAGAUAAAGAGGACUGGAUAGCUCUACUUUAAAUAGCUGAGAUAGAAAAGGUAUCACUGGAUGGUUUCCCUUCCAAAGGAAACUUGUCUGACACAGUGAAUAGCUAUGGAACACAGAAACCCCUAUGAUACCUGAAGUGACUAACAAAGGGAAGGGAAAACAAAUACUGCAGGCCAGGCAUUUCACUGCUGAAAACAAAAAAAAAGGCAUCAAAGAGUCCUGUCCUUUCAUCCUUUCUUCCCUGCCCCACAGCAUAAUAAACGCUUUCUGGAAUUUUAAUAUCUGACCAAGCAGUCAAGGAACUACGUGGUAAAAACUGCUCAUGGACCCAGAACACCUCUGGAGAGAGGUUCUGCUGCAGGAGCUGGGCUGCUGCCAGAACCACAACCACUUCCUUCCCCAUCCAACCCCAGGAUACUGUGCAUUUCAGGACUCAAAAAUAACUGUUCUUGAGUUCUGUGAUUCAUUUAUCAGGAUGUGCCAACUAAUCUAAGCCCAUUUGAGCUCUGCAGUGCUGGUGAGGGGGAAGCUAAUGUGUUUUUUUAUGUAGUUUAGAGUGACUCUUCCCCUCAACCAAAAGCAUAUUUAACAUUUCAUGUAAUUUCUUUUAAGCCAAUUAGAAUAAAAGGCUUCAGAUGCCUUCUGAUACGGCAGAGUACCCACUGGGCACCUCUUUGUACUACUUUGAAGCAGCUUUUUUGUUCCAAGUCUGUUAUGUCUCACAUUAGAGAACUGUGUACACUACUGUUAGAGUAAUUAUUAGCUUUAUUAUCUGGUAUUACAGACUCCUUUGAAGAGACUUUGGUGUGAUGUAUAUGGGGUAAAAAUUUCAUAUGGAAACAAGUGCAAUAUGUGUGUGUGUAUGGUACGUUCUUUAAUGUAUUUUUUUAAGGAGUUAGAGGGUUUAGUCUCUGCUUUGGGAUAAAUGCACUAGUUUUGUGAGCUCCAGUUUGGCAAGUUUAUCUGUAGUAUUUACCUGCAACUCAAAUGCUGGACUCUGUAAAGCAAUUACAGUGUAUUAAUACAAAAUAAAGAAUACGUGCAUUUCA